AUGAGAGGUGUGGGAUUACUUGGUGGCGAGGUAGGAUUACUCGGUGGCGAGGUAGGAUUACUUGGUGGCGAGGUAGGAUUACUCGGUGGCGAGGUAGGAUUACUCGGUGGCGAGGUAGGAUUACUUGGUGGCGUGGAGAGAGAAUCCGAGGGCGUGGUUGAUGGCAGAAUGGGAUUAACCGAUGGCGAGAUCGAUGGCGGGGUGAAAUUAUCCGAAGGCGGGGUGGAAUUAUCCAAAGGCGGGGUCAGUGGCGAGAUUACUCGGUGGCGAGGUAGGAUUACUUGGUGGCGAGUAGGAUUACUCGGUGGCGAGGUAGGAUUACUCGGUGGCGAGGUAGGAUUACUUGGUGGCGUGGAGAGAGAAUCCGAGGGCGUGGUUGAUGGCGGAGUGGGAUUAACCGUUGGCGAGAUCAAUUGCGGGGUGGAAUCAACCAAAGGCGGGGUCAGUGGCGAGUGA